UCCGCUAAACCCCCCACUCCGCCUUCCCCCACCCGCUCCGGCCAUGGAAGCCUUCGCCGGCGCCGCCCCCGCGGCCGGCGUCUUCGCGGGCUCCGGGACCGCCGCGGCGCGCCCCUUCAUCCUCCGCCGUCGCGGCGGUGCCUCCCGCUCCGCCACCGGCCGGGUACGCCUCCUCCGGGCGCCGCCGCCUCGAGCAGCAGGCGGCGGGAACGGAGGGGACCUGCCGCCGCUGGACAAGUGGGACAUGAUGGAGCUGGAUUUCGGACGCUUCCUCGGGGAGGACCCCAAGCUCACCCUCGCAAAGAUUCUGGUUAAGAAGUCUGACCCAGAUGCCUCAUCCCUCGAUGUAGAGAAACUGAUCGCCACUAAAAAGGACAAGCUAGAUGAUAUUUUGAGGGAGUUCAUGGAUGCUAAUAAGAAGGAUCAGGAUUUCAAAACACCAGAAAGUGUAUCCCCACAACCAACAAUAAGCAAGCCAGUUGAAGGCAAGAGUUCUUUGAAUAUUUCAAGGCCUGUAAUGGGAAAACCGAAACAAGACGGGCCUCCGUUGACUUUACUGCGACCAGCAGGAAGCAAACCUAAGCAAGAUGAGCCUUCUCUGGCUCAGUUGCGACCAGUAGGAAGCAAGGCAAAGGAAGAUAUUCCCCUGUUGACCUUGUCACGGCCAAUUGGGAGCAAGCCAAUAGUAAGGGGCACUGUGGUACAAGAUAGUUGGCCUAGCAAAGAGAGUUUAGCUGCUGCAACAGAUGACAGUGAGGUGGGGAGCAUCUCUAGAACAAGUGAUGUGGAUGUCACCUUGCGGAAACCCACUGUGUAUCAGAGUGAGGAUGAUGAUUUGAAGUCAAAGCUGAAAAUGAAGCCAAACAUUGACCUGAAAAUGAGGAAAGAUAUGAAUGAGGACUUAACAAAAAUUUCUCUUCUUCAAAAGCCAGAUGUUGCAAAAGAUAUUGCUAAUCCAGACCAGGACCAUGCCUCCGCUAGCUCUACCACAAUUUCUUCUGCAGAGGAUAACAUCGAAUUUGAGCCAGAAACUAAGGGUCUUGACGCAAAAUUAGUGACUGAAAACUUUCAUGAAUCAUCUGGGCUUGAUGAUAAUUCCAGUGCAGGACCACAGCCAUCCAGUCAAACUGUCAUGCAAGAAACUAAUACUUCUGCUGGUUCAGUGGAUAACCAAUCAGCAACUAGCAACAAUUUCUCUAUGCAGGCUUUCUUACAAGGAAGACCUAAAAGAGAAAAUCAAUCUGCUGAAGUUUUGCCAUCUCCAGUUGAUGAAAAGAUGAAUGCUACUGGUAACAGGAAUUAUGUUGAUGACGGGGGAAAUGUGUUACCAUCAAAACUAGAGGACAUCACCGAGAGUGACUGGACUAGGUUAGAGCAUUAUGCAAGUACUGGGGAAAAAGUUGAGGUGGAGCUGAUAAAUUGCAGUCCAAAGGGAUUUGUUGUGUCACUUGACUCACUGAUAGGUUUCUUGCCAUACCGAAAUCUUGCUACGAAAUGGAAAUUCUUAGCUUUUGAGACUUGGUUAAGAAGGAAGGGUGGUGAUCCUUCCUUGUACAAGCACAGUCUGGGAUUAGAAGAUGGCCUUGAGGUUCCUGACAGGAAUAUAGAACCAGAAUCUAGCUCCAUCUCAGAAGUAGCUGGUGAGGAUCAAGGAUCUCUUCCAUCUAAGCCGAAGUUGGAAGAUCUUCUUCGGGCAUACAACCAAGAGAAAUCCAAGUUUUUAUCUUCAUUUAUUGGUCAAAGACUCCGAGUAUCAGUUGUCCUGGCUGACAGAAAUUCAAAGCGGAUAUUUUUCUCUAUGAAGCCAAAAGAGAGUGAAGAAUUGAUUCAGAAAAAGAAAAGUCUGAUGGCUAAGCUUAAUGUUGGAGAUAUUGUUCAAUGCACUAUCAAGCGAUUUGUUUACUUUGGGAUAUUUGUUGAGGUUGAAGGGGUUCCUGCAUUGAUUCAGCAAUGGGAAGUGUCUUGGGAUGAUACCUUAGAUCCAGCAGUUUCUUACAAAAUUGGUCAGGUUGUGGAUGCUAAAGUUAUUCAACUGGACUAUAAUAAUAACCGCAUAUUUUUGUCACUUAAAGAUGUAAAGCCAAAUCCAUCGGUAGGUGCUUUGGAAGCAGUCAUUGGUGAGGAUUUAUCACUAGGUGAAGCUCUCGAACCUGUACAAGCAGAUUUCGAGUGGCCUGAGGUGGAUGCCCUUAUGGAGGAGAUGCGGAAAAUAGAGGAUGUAAGAGAUGUUUAUAAAGGACGAUUCUUCCAAAGCCCAGGGUUAGCUCCAACCUUUCAGGUUUACAUGGCACCAGUGAUUGGUCCAAAAUACAAGCUCCUCGCACGAUACGGGAACAAUGUGCAAGAGGUGAUGGUGGAGACGACGCUGGACAAAGAGCGGUUGAAGGAGGCAAUUUUGACGUGCACAAAUAGGGUUAGCUGAUUAGCUAGGAUCUCGGUGCUGCGCAUUGGACGGGACCAAUUUUCUUUGUUCUCCCAAGAUAGUUUGAGAAUCAUGUUGUUUUGCUUUUGCUUUCUCUUCCUAUUUUCUUUUCUUUUCUUUUCUUUUCUUUUUUGGAGGAAUUGCAUAGGUCUGUCUGUACAGAAAUACUGAGGCUGUUCGGAAAUGCGUUUCGUUCUUUUAUGCUGUAUAUGUUCUCUCGGGAUUGGCUUA